CCUCUGCUUCCUCUCUUGUAGUUCAGCGUGCUCCUUCCCCCUGUCCCCGUCCUCCUUGGAUUCUCUCGAACUUGGAGCAGCUCGUUGCUGUGUCACCACUCGCCGCUGUGUCGCCACUCGCUGUCAUCACGCCGGGCGCCGUCCAUGUCGCCGUCGAAGGGUACAAUGGAUGUUGACUCGGAACCACUCAAUUCACAAGACAACGUCGAAGAUUUCAUGAUGACUGGUGUGGAAGAAAAUGUUAACUGCACUUGUGAUUGCGGUGGCAGCAGUAGUAAGUGUGUGUCUAUGACGGCCGAUGAUAUUAUAAACCAGACCUUUGAAAUAUCAGAUGCAGCUUAUAACUUGUAUGUACGUUAUGUGAGGUGUCCCGGGUUUGGAGUUCGCAAGGGUGAUACAGCACAUGAAAAAGAUGGAACACAUCGCAGAAGGAGGUUUUAUUGCAGCAAGGAAGGAAAGAGAGUCGAGAAAUACAUAUCUAGUUUGAGUAGGAAGAGGGAGCAUAGAGCGCUGCUCGCACUGGUUGUGAAGCCAUGCUUGCGGUGUAUCUUGACACUAAAACUUCGACUUGGAGGGUUAAAAAAUUAGUCAAGAAGCACAACCACGAUCUUGUCCCACAAUGCUUGGUACACCUAAUUCCAAACCACCGAGGGUUGACUGAGCAACAAAAAGCUCAGGCGAAUACCAUGCAUGAUCAUGGUCUUCCAACCUCUAAAAUAAUGGGACUAAUGGUAGGCCAAGCCGGUGGUUAUGCCAAUGUCGGAUUCACAAAGAAGGACCUAGAUAAUCACUUUCAAAGUCGUCGUGCAAAGCUCAUUGGUGGGGAUUCCAAUGCGAUGAUUAGCUAUCUACUUGGGAAAGCAGAUGUCGACCCAAUGGCCAUGGCAAGGUACAGUGAUAUUGAUGAAGGUUGGCUAGGAAAUUUAUUUUGGGCAGAUGGCAUUUGUAGGUCCGAUUAUCAGUGCUUUGGAGAUGUGCUUGCAUUCGAUACAACCUACCGGAAGAAUAAGUACAGAAGGCCGUUGGUAAUCUUCUCAGGUUGUAACCAUCACCGCCAAACAUGUAUAUUUGAUUUUCCUUUGGUAGAGGACGAACGGACGGCAACAUAUACGUGGUUGUUGCAAAACUGUCUAGAAGUCAUGCUGAACAAGUCUUCCAGUGUUGUGGUCACAGACGGUGACAAAGCAAUGAAGGCAGCAAUUCGAGAAAUCUUCCCAGAUGCAACUCACCGAUUAUGUGGUUGGCACAUUCAGAAGAAUGUAACGGCAAACAUAAAAAA